AGACAUUACAGUAUGGCUUUGAAGCUGUGCUGACGUGCUUUUAUUUUCUAAUGAGGGUGAAAAACUCUGCCCUGUUUGACAGCAAGGUAGCUAGCGGUAUGCAUAGUUGUUUAGGGGGUACGCGCUAGGGCUACCUAAAUGAGCACGACUCGAGAGUGUGUGUGUACUGUCAGUUAGGGUCCAAUUUCGACCAGUCUAGAUUGAAGAGAAGACCUCCGCGCAGUCAUAACAACUUCAGCUUCAACAUCCAGCGGAACGGAGAAUGGACAGCUAUCAGGCUAGCUAGGUGGCUAUCCUUACUAGGACAACGACAUUUAGGGAGGAAAUGUGCUAGCUAGCUGGUUUGUGUGAGACGACGGUUUCCUGUUUUCCAGGUUGAAUCGACAGUAACUGUUAACAUCUGGAUUAAGAACAUACGUUAGGUGAGGUGGAGAGAUGCAGACUUUUUUGAAAGGCAGGAGAGUGGGCUACUGGCUCAGCGAGAAGAAGAUGAAGAAGCUGAAUUUUCAGGCCUUCGCUGAUUUGUGCAGGAAAAGAGGAAUAGAAGUGGUCCAGCUGGACCUGAGCCAGCCCCUGGAGGAGCAAGGUCCCCUAGAUGUUAUCAUCCACAAGCUGACCGACCUGAUCCUGGAGGCCGACCAGAACGACACCCAGUCAGUCCUGCUGGUGCAGAGAGUGCAGGACUACAUUGAGGCCCACCCUGAGACCAUCGUGCUGGAUCCCCUCCCAGCCAUCAGGACCCUGCUGGACCGCUGCAAGUCCUACCAGCUCAUCCACAGGAUAGAGGACUGCAUGCAAGAUGAGAGAAUCUGCUCUCCCCCGUUCAUGGUUCUGAACACAGAGUGUGGUCCAGAUACACUGGAGAAGAUUGAGAAGCAUGGACUCACUUUCCCAUUUAUUUGCAAAACACGAGUAGCCCAUGGAACCAACUCCCACGAGAUGGCCAUCAUCUUCAGUGAGGAGGACCUGAAGGAUGUGAAGCCUCCGUGUGUGAUCCAGAGCUUCAUCAACCACAAUGCGGUGCUCUACAAGGUGUUUGUGGUGGGGGAGUCCUACACACUGGUGGAGAGACCAUCCCUCAAGAACUUCCCCGCUGGACCAGCAGACAGAAAAGCAAUUUUCUUCAACAGUCAUAAUGUAUCAAAGCCAGAGUCCUCUUCAGACCUGACUUCUAGGGACAACGUGGAGGGGGUGUCCCAGCCACCCAGUGAUGAUGUCAUCAGAGAGCUGUCCAGGUCCUUGCGACAGGCGCUGGGCGUGUCCUUGUUUGGCAUCGACGUCAUCAUCAACAACCUCACGGGCCAACACGCCGUCAUCGACAUCAAUGCAUUCCCUGGUUACGAGGGUGUACCAGAGUUCUUCAACGACCUCCUGACCCACAUCACCAGUGUGCUUCAGGCUCACUCCCCCGACAGCCCCCCAGCCAGCGGGCAGCCCAAAAGCCUGGCAUCCAGCCAUACCCCCAUCGCUACGGUGCCCACAGCCCCGACCCCGGACUCCCCAGGCUGCUGCAGCAUGCUGGGGAAGGACGCCAGCAGCAGCCCCUGGAUCGUGGAGGGGGAUGGGAACCUGAAGGGCCCCCGCCAGAGACUGGGCUGUAACUCAGCCAUGUCCCCCAACUUCCAGCAACACUGUGUGUCCACGAUAGCCACCAAGGCUUCCUCCCAAUGACUGCCAUCCUCUUCCCCCUUAGCCCCCACCCUGUUCUAACCGCGAACAAAAACAGAUGAUGAUAAUGGUGACGAUAAUGAAUAAUAAUCAUAAUAAUUAUGAUAUUAAGUAUAAUAUAUCUGUAAUCUAAAACCAACUUUUUCUAUGUAGAUCUUGAUGGUGAUUGGGUCUUUGAUCUUUUCUUUUCUGCCUUUUGGAUUUUUUUUGUUUGGUUUAAUAAGACUUACAGUAAUGUGAACUUUUGGGAACUCCGCUUGCUUAGUUGCUGAUUUAGUUUCUCUCUGUGAAAUCUCUGUAAUCAAGUGGUCCACAUGAGGUGGUUGGGGGACUAGCCAUGUCUGACCUUUGACUGCAGCAGUAAAGAAAAGGGCAAUUAAACAUAUGCUCCAGGCACACAGGCACGUUCACACAUUUCCUGCAUUUAAACUCACUAGUGAUGUGUGUCUGAAUGCCACUCUGUCGUGUGUGGUUAGGGUAGAAGGGAUGUAUGGCUAGAGGAUUGUCUGUAUUCUAAUACUCCUCCACUGGUUUGGACCAGCUGCCUGUGUUAACUGACUUAAAGCGGAAGAGCCCACUCUGUUGCAAGAAAGUCAUGGGAUCUUGGUGGACAUUAGAUUAGGGCGAUAUCUAUCGUCUUUUAAGGUAUACCGGUAUGGAUCCUCAUACCAGUAUGGAUUUUUACAAAACCGUCUAACACGUCAAACUCAUGCUACGGAGGACCGAGUGUCUGCAGGUUUUUGCUCUUCCCUUUUACUUGAUUGAUAAAUUAAGGUCACUAAUUAGUAGUGGGGUGGCAGGUAGCCUAGUGGUUAGAGCGUUGGAUCAGUAACCGAAAGGUUGCUGGAUUGAAUCCCAGAGCUGACCAGGUAAAAAAUCUGUCAUUCUGCGCCUGAGCAGAGCUGUUAAUUCACUGUUCCCCAGACGCCAAAGACGUGGAUGUUGAUUAAGGCAGCCCCCCACCCCCCCCGCACCUUUCUGAUUCAGAGGAGUUGGGUUAAAUGCGGAAGACACAUUUCAGUUGAAGACAUUCAGUUGUACAACUGACUAGGUAUCCCCCUUUCACCUUGUGAGGAACUCCCCUCACCUGGUUUUCUAGGUCUUAAUUGAAAGGAAAAACCAAAAACCGGCAGACAUUUGGCCCUCUGUGGAAUGAGUUUGACACCGAAGGUCUAUAACGAGCUGUUGAUACAGUGCUAUAUAAAUGAAAAGCUGGGACUACUUCACUAUCAGUGUUGCCCUAGUUUGGUUGUGUAUAUAACAAUCAGCAUGGAGAAAUGUUUUUGUUGGUUGCAAUCCUAGGGUCAUGCACUACUCAUAAAACAUAUUCAGAACUUUCAUUAUUCAGACUAAAAUUCAACUAAAAUUAUGCCAAAUACCGCCAUAGCAUCAAAAUGGGGAAAGAUAUUGUGAUAAUAUAUAUUGGCCAAGUUGCCCAGCCCUACAUUAGAUACAAUUUCAAUUGAACGCUGUUUACUUUCUUGUGUGCCAUCUUAUUGGCAAGGCUCUUGUCAUGUCAAUUUCAUAGUCUUCACAACUACAGAAAACACAAAAUAUUUUCUAUCAAGAUGUAUGUAGCACGAAAGUCUGAGAAUGCCUGAAUAAUCCUUUUGAUCACACCUGAUUUAUAAACAUUUGUCAGCAGUAAAAGGGGAAAAAAUAAAUCUCUUCAUGUGACCAAGUUAAAUAUGGAAUGUUUAUAAAGGCCUUUGAGUGUUUAUGUCAGAUGUGGUUGAGGUUUAUACAGGUGUUUUAUGCAAGUACUAAGAAGUCCAUGUCCCUGCUUCUCAACUUGAUUUGCGUUCCUCCAGCUGAAAGAUGAGGAUCACAUUCCGUUUGUAUAUGUGGGUGUUUUCGAGAAGAAUUCCAAUGCUUUAGUGAAAAUAACCUGACUGUCACACAGUACUGUUUUAUGGACUUGAAAUGACUGGACACAGGAAACUCUCCCUCCAUUACGACUCAAUGGAACAGUAUGUUCAAUUGGUAUUGAACACACUAAAUCGGCAAGUUUAUUUUUGUGACCAUUAAAUUAAUUGUUCUUGAUUACAAUGCUAAGGAUAUUUUUGUUUGUUUUUACUUUCAGCCUUAUUGACAGCAGACUCCUGCACCUAUUAAACAGUGAAACACCCUGUAGUCCACCUGCUGCGCUCUCUUGUAUAGCUGGUAUCGACAGACGCCAAACUCCCUGUAUGAAUCCUAUUGUCCAGCUGCUGUCCUUUUGAGGUGGCACAAAAUAAGAGAGAACAUCUAAUUUGCUCCUAAUGUUCACUGUGAGAGAACCAUUUAGUUUUUACUUCUAUUUGACUGAAAUGUAAAUGUUAACAUCUUUGUCAUGAUUUCCUAAGAACAAUUUAUUUAGCGAUUUUAUGGGGGGAAAUUAUUUUUUUAUUAAAUGGAGUGAGCAAGUUGAACAAACAAUGGAUGUUUGUCAGACGAGUAGUGAAAUAGUUAGUUUCAUUUGCCAACCAACUUCAGAACUUCGAGACCAAGCAGCUUAGUUGCCACUGUCGUCACCCUUAGUAAGCAUCCAGUUGAAGUGCAAGGAAAAGAGUACAGGGCUGCCAACUCAAUGUAAAAACAAUAGGGCAUUUACUUGAGCACAGGCUCUUAGUCCUUCAGCAUGUACGUAGAAUAAGUAGGCUAGCAAAUUGAAUCGACACAGAGGUUACUUAGCCCCAAUGGCCUAGUGACAAUGACUGACAAUCUAAACCGUUUAGCCAUUCCACCUGCAGCCCUCCGGGACUAGCGUUGAGUAGCAAUGCUCCUAAAGCCUUUCCUAGUGAAGACACAGAUCCUCAACCCUGUAAACAGUGACAAAGGAGAGGAUGUCUUAACCAAGCCAUGCCCAGUAUGUUGUGAAAACACUGACAUUUCUGUACACAACUAUACUGUGUCUCACAUUGUUUUUCAUUGUGCUUCUAAAUGGGAAAUAAAUAUUACCCCUACUUACAA